GUCCUAACCACUGUGCCACCGACGCACAAUCAGUCAAACCACUGUUCUUUCAUACCCAGUUCUAAUCCAUUGACUUAUUAAACCUUAAACAUUUAUUAACUGUUGGUCACUCUAGUCAGUCUUUAUCGGUGCUUAAUGUAUGCAUUCACUUUAUGGCAGCAUGACUUAGGAAUAGUUGUUUAGAUGACAUAAACUGUUUAUCUAUAUAUCUGCAUAUGUAUCUUUUUUUAUAAGCUAAUAAUUUCUAAUAAGCAAACGUAUUAUUUGCUUCAUAUAUUUAUUCGUUUCACUGCGUGUAUUUAUUCAGUUUAUCGAACGAUUUGUGAUACUACUUAUUGGACAGGCUACGCUUAUUUUGCACGGUACACGUAUUUUUUAACAAAUGUCUACAACACUACUUAAAAGGAAUUGAGUAGUGCGGGUUAUGUUUGACAGACUAAAUAGUUACCAUAUUCAACAGCUUUUCCGAUUCUACCUUUGACAUCCUAAUCCUGUAGUUGAAACAACGAAGACCAUGUCAGGUAAGUGAAAGAGGUGACUUCUUGUAGAUUUCUGCCAAUAAUGGUAAUUGGUGCUUGUUGUUGUUAUUGGUUAGGUACCUUCAUCAUCCAUCUUUUCUGUGUUCACUUGAAGUCACGUUUUCGCUGCUUCUUCUGCCACCUUGUUGAUUUUCGCUUGUAGAUCUUUGAGUUUGUGUGACGUUAUACACAAAUUAUCCGCAAAGUCCAGACCUUCUUGUCGGCCCAGAGUAUUUCUAUCUUGCUACUUCCUACGAUCUGUUGCGUUAUGAGGUCCACCACUAUUCUGGGUGUCAUCGGUGAUAGUAGGCAACCUUGUCUUACUCCUGUCCUUAUUUCAGACGUCUCUCUGGGCUUUCUGUUGGGAAGGACUGGACAUGUAGCACCAUCAUAUAUCUGUUGAAUGAGGCUGAUAAACGGUUCGGGCACUUCGUAGUGUUUAAACAGCUUCCUAAUUAUUUCAUGAUUGCUGUUGUCGAGUGCUUUUUCACAGUCAUUGAAGUUGAGGCAACUAGUUGACCUCAUUUCUAGGCUGUAUCUGUCAGAUGAUGUAAAUUCUGACUUAAUGUUUUCAUCUUCCUAUUUUCUCACUUAAAUGACACAGUGUACUGCUUUCUUUUCCAGAUGCCCAAUGAUCCUACUCUUCGUCUAAAUGCAUUUUCUAAUCUGCUUAUUACGAAACCUUUAAUUAUGGAUACACACUUAAGUAAUAAUGUUGGUGUGAACAAUUUGGAGGUCUUGAAUUCGGAAACCUCAUACUUAAUACCGUCGCAUAUGUCAUGGUUGGAUAAAACUAAUCAAGGAAAUACUGUUAUGCGAUUUAAUCUGCCAUAUAACGGCUUGUUAGUAAAACUUGGUCCAUUUUUUGAAGAUCCACGGCAAUCUGUUCUUCUCUUAGUCUCUAAUGCACCACACAAUUGGCUUCAUUUAUGUAUUAAGACAAACAAUGAUAAUGAAAAACACUGUGACUUCAUUACUUCAAUCACUUCGAAAUGGAUUACGUGGAUACCUGAUCCUUUAACAGGAAAUUCAAUAGCUGCUAGUCUGAUUACACUAUCAAUCUUAGAGAGUUUACAAUUGGUCAACUCCUCGUUAGUGUAUAAGGCUAAAUUUUACUUGGUCGUCUCAUCUAGUCCAGAUCCAUUUUGGAACAGUAUGACGGUCUAUGUGGAUACAUUCAGUAAAACAAGUGAACGAAUACACUCCGAUUUACCUAAGUAUUCAACUUUAUGGUCAUUUUUAUCUCCCAUCUUGUUGACAAAUCUUACGCCUAAGACAUCUGGAAGUUUCCAUCGUUUUUAUUUACCUCAUACAAAAUAUUAUCUGAGCACAUCAACAAUAACCCCGAUAUUAAUUAUUAAACGACAUAGUUGUACUGCAGAUGAAAGAUUUAUGGGAAUGAUUACAAUGAACGCGUUAUGGUGCAACUACUUUCAUUAUGUUGCUAUAGAGGAUACGAAAACAGAGAUUUCUCUCCAACUGCCAGUAUCACAUUUAUCAGUGGUAAACUACACAAAAGAAUCACCUUCGUUUAUUGAUCUCUAUUUGGAUCCGAAUUGUGCCUACGAACUCUCUAUUCAUUAUUCUCUGAUCAACUGGUAUUCACAGUUGGUUCGACUUCAUUGUACACACUUUGGUGGUUUACUCUGUGGGCAUUUACUGUUAUCCAUGAUAUUGUUAACUAUGCGACUAAUUAAAAUUAAUGAUGAUAAUUAUUCUGAUUACCCUCGAAGGUCUUUGCAAGUCAAUGAAAUCUACUGUCAUUUAGCUGUUAUUAUUAUUCAUUUCAUCAGCUUCCAGUUGUUUCACCUACCAUUUUCUGAAUGGAUUGAAUUACAACAAUCUGGUCAACUUGGUUUAUGUUUGAUAAAUACACUUCAAACACCUGCGGCUUUUGUCCACUUCCCAUACGUUGAAGUAAUUCUAGCUCAUCUCCCUUUCCUAAUUAUUUCCAUUCCUUGGGCUUUUCUUAUUCCUGUGGGCAGUUACCUCCUUGAUGGGUUUUUCUUGUUUCUCUCUCAAAUGAUUAAUCGAAAUUACUCAGAAAAGCCGAAUGAUAAAACGGUAUCGUCUUCUCCAACCUUAUUAAUGGUCAUGACAAUGCUUUGCAUCUUGUUGAUUGGUUGGAUUAUUUGUGAAUCAUUAGCUGUUCUUUUGUUAAGUUUACUACUGUUAAUCAAUAAUUGUUCAUUUUGCCGACAAAAUCGUAUCAAUAGUGAAGCAGUCAAAUUUUUCAAUGUACCAGGAAAUAUUGUCUCUACAAAUGAAGAAAAGCAAAAAUCUGCUAAUCAUCAUGCAAAUACUGAUCAUUCUUAUGCUAAUAUUAAGAAAUUAAAAGGGACACCCUCGUCAGUAGAGUAUAAACGAAAGAAUUACGCCACAUUGUUUUAUUUAUUGAAAUGGCGAGCAUUUAUUUUACUUGUUCUCAUUAGCUUACUAAUGUUAGAUGAUUGGAUAUCACUUUUUGUGCGUGUUAAAGAGUCAUAUUUCAGUCUAUCUGGUGUUUUAUACAGCUAUACACCUAUGAUGCAUUCCAGUCGUUUGAUACCAAGUACUCUUAUCCUGCUAUGUACAUCGGUAUGGUUAUUACAAUUUGACUUAGUUCGUGUUCACUCAUCGUCGUCAACAUCGCCAUCGUUUCGGUGGUCCUUAUCGUCAUCCGCAUUACUGACGUCAUCUUUAGUGUGCAUACUUAAGAAAAACGCUGCAGUUGAUACCAUCACUAAUGACAGUAAUAAUAAUAACAGUAAUAGUAAUACCAGUAAUGAUGAUAAUAAUAUUAAACAAAUCUAUUACUUCUUUAUGUUCUCUUGUAAAAUUAUUGCUGUGUGUUUAUUAUUCGGUGUUUUCAACUUGGCUAUAUCAUUAUAUCGUAUUGUACAGUUAACUGUGCUUAGUCUUGAAUGUAUUGCCUUGAUCCUCUGGUUCUCUUAUAGAUCUUAUCAUCCUAACAGCAGUAGUUAUGAAUAUGUACAUAAAGUGAAAAAAAUGUGUUAAAACUCUUUUCAUCAAUAAAAAAUUUUUUAUACUCCUUGAA